UGGUUGUAACUCGAGGGAGCCGUGGCUGGUAUUUAAUAACAUCGUAGAGAGCCCCCCCCCCCCCCUGUUGGCUCCGUCUCUCUUAUCUCUAUUCCCAUCAGUGGGGAAUAUAUGGAGAUGUCACUUCUUCAGCCAUGAAACACUCAUGUAAUACGAUUAAUGUUAACGUGGUUCUCCACAAAUUUUUGCUAAACUCAGCUACAGCCAUUGUUGCGAGUACGAGCUCCAAACGCUAUUUUCACGGUUUAUAGUUAAUGUUGCAAUUGCAGAUGACAGCUCUUUUUAGCAACAGCUAUGAUAUUCAAUGUUGCUAUCGAUGUUCUGACCAUUUUUUCUUUUUACAUCGAAGGCCGCUGUUGCUAUUGUUUUCAAUGUAUGUGGGAGGGUGUAGUGUGGUCAUUGUGUGUGUGUUGUUGAUAUUGUCAUUGUUGCUAUCGUUGUUUUUGUCAUUCACAAGUUGCCAAUUGUUUAUCUUCCAUGGUUGCUAUCUUUUUUGCUAUCGUUGCAGUUAAACUGCUGACGGACGGACAGCCGGCUUACAACUUCUCUGGAUACGGGUAUGGAACACAAGAAGAGUGCAGGGGGCUUGGUCAGCGUUUUACCAUCGACACCGCAACAUCACCAUCACCAUCACCACUAUCAACACAACAACAACAACAAUAUUAAUGUUAAUAACAAUAAUAACAGUAAUAAUGGUAAUCACCAUUACGAAGAAAAUGAACAGCAGCAGCAGAUACUUGGAGAGCCAACAGUGGCCACUGACAUUGUCACUGGAUCCACUCUUGCCAUACCUUGUAAGGCGGGUUCGAACCCCGUUGCUAAUGGUAUCAACGGUUUAGACAGUGAGAACCCGACAAUGCCCACCACUGCUGUUAGUAUAACUAGUACUGCUAUUAUUACUACUGCUAGUAAUGAAGGUGGUGAUGGUAGUGAUGGUACUACUACUAGUACUACUACUACUACUACUACUACUACUACUGGUACCACCUCCGCCGCCGUUCGCCCUCCAACUCACUGCUCCCUCCCACUGCGGUGUUCAUCGUCGACUGCUCCUCAUUCCGUUUCUCCUUCUGUAGUAUCGACUACUGCUACACACCAACAUCAUCAUCGUCAUCAUCACCAUCACCAUCAUCCACAUCAUCACCAUCAUCAUCAUCAGCAUCAUCUCCAACAGCAGCAGCAGCAGAUCGACUCUUCUCCACUCAUCUCUUCUUCUUCAUCCAACCACAGCACCACCACCGCCGCCGCCGCCACCAGUAGUUACAACGGUGCUGCUAUUACCGCUACCACCACAACCACUAACUCCAUCACCACCGGCAUUAACAGCAGCAGCAACAACAACAACAACUUCAGCAGCAUCUCUCUCUCAUCGUCGACUUCGUCGUCGUCGUCUUGUACAUCUUCCACCACGCCAUCGCCGCCGGGCCCCCCAAGCUGUGUCGGGUCGACAACUUCCCCGUCACCCGUCUUAGGGAUGGCUCCUACAACAACGGUACUACUCCCUGACAACGGCCCCUCCUCUCAGCCAGGGGCCUGUUGCCCUUCACAGUCACGUGCGCCAGUCUCACCCACACCAACUACAGAAGAGAGCAAUGUGCUCGCAGCUGAUUCUAACAGUCCUAAACAGACGUUUGUUCCAUGUAAAGUAUGUGGAGACAGAGCCUCAGGGUAUCAUUAUGGAGUAACAUCGUGUGAAGGUUGCAAGGGCUUCUUCCGACGCAGCAUUCAGAAACAGAUUGAAUACCGGUGCUUACGUGAUGGAAAGUGUAUGGUAAUCAGACUUAACAGGAAUCGCUGCCAGUACUGCCGCUUUAAGAAAUGUUUGGCUGUCGGAAUGUCCAGAGAUUCUGUGCGAUAUGGCAGGGUUCCAAAACGCAGCAAGAGUUUAGACGAUCAACGUAUUGGCAUAGCUGACUCGAGUCAGGACCCUACGUCACUGGAGAAAAAACAGUUGGAGAUAUAUGACACCAUAUUGAGUGUGUCGCAGGCCCACUUGGCAAACUGUGCAUUGACUGAGGAUAAAUUGAAAAUGCAGCAACGCAAGUCUGCCUCUUUGUUAGACUCCAUUUCGAUCUCAACCUCUCUGCAACUGACUGAAGAAGAAGUCAAAACACACCGGCUUCUGAUGUGGGAGAAUCUGGCCAGUCUUAUAACACCUUCAAUACAAAGCAUUGUGGAAUUUGCCAAAAGACUUCCAGGUUUUGCAGAUCUUUCUCAGGACGACCAAUUGAUCUUAAUAAAAUCCGGCUUCUUUGAAAUGUGGCUCUCCCGACAAGCACGCACUUUUGAUUCCCAAGAGGACUGUCUGACUUUUGAAGAUGGUAGCACAAUUGUGAAGAAGGAGUUGGUGGCAGUGUACCAGAUGGAUUUUGUAAACACCAUGUUUGAAUUAACAUCUAACUUCAACAUGCUCAACCUGAAUGAUACGGAAAUUGCUUUAUUUGUUGGAAUAGUCCUUGCCACUGCAGACCGCCAGGGUCUCACCAACACCAAGGCCGUUGAGAAAAUCCAAGACAAGCUUAUCGAAGCCCUUAAGCUGCAGAUCAGUCGCAAUCACUCAACCGAGGAACAUCUUUAUGCAAACACCAUCAUGAAACUUCCUGAGCUGCGGACACUUGGCACCUGGCACAAUGAACUCUUACAGUGGUAUCGCUCUCAGUGGAAACGGCUCAAAGUGCCGCCUCUCUAUGCCGAAAUAUAUGAUAUUCCUAAAAACGAGGAAGAUGCCCAGGGAACCUUCCUCAGAAGCUGAGCUGUUCCUUUAUUGUGGCAUCUUCUUCUGAAGAAGUUCUGUACGUAUCUCAGUUCCAAAUUUUGCUUUUCAACUUUUGUUUUCAUUCUUUACACCCCUCAAGGCACCCACUAUUACUACUACUAUUACUACUACUACUACUACUAUGACGAUGCUUUUCGUUUUUUUAGGGUCAAUAAAAUAAAUCCCAGCUGAGAACUGGAUUUGAUGUUAUCAGUUUUCUCCUCCUCUUAAAAUUGCUAGCCUUGUGCCUAUAGUGGAAAGGAUUAUCAUUGUUAUUAUUAUUAUUAUCAUCAUUAUCGUUAGGCAGAGUUGGCAGAACUGUUAGCAUUCUGGACAAAAUGCUG